AUUUAAUCUAGGUAGCGCAAAGCUUGAAUGAAGAUUGAAUGUUCGGUCACUGCAGAUUAACAAACUGAGCAUGCCUACAAAUGUACAAAAUCAAGAUAUCUCUCGGGAGGAAGAAACCACAGCUGGUAAUUCCAAAAAUGUAAACCAUUGUUCAACCGGUGCGACAAAUGAGCCUGUCUCUCCGUCAACUUCUAAAAAUCACCCACCAGACAUAGAAAAAGGUGCGAUAAAUGAUCCUGUCGCUCCGUCAACUUCUAAAAAUCACCCACCAGACAUAGAACAAGGUUGCAUGCAAUGGAUACCGUCCGUAAGCUGCCAUUCAGGUAACACGAACACGGAAAGUAAAAAGUUGAAAUGCUGUUUGACGUGUCAAAAGAAGGUCCCCGUUUAUAAAACAAAAUGCUUAGAUGGAGACUGUUCUAAUCACAAACAGCCAGGAGAUCUUUCAGUCGAGCUUGUACCGGGGGACCACAUAGAGUACCCAGCAAAAGGAUGCAAAGGGCUUUUCAUUAACCAUCACGCAAUCGUACAAAAUUAUAUAGAUAAUCAAGACGGCACUGGAGAAAUCGACGUAAUACAUGUCCAGGGAAAGAUCAAGAACAAAGUGACCACUGGCAGGAACUCGAAAGACAAUACGGAGAAAAGUGUACCAAAUAAUGUGCAGUAUCCAUUGAACUCGAAAGAAAAAACGGAAAAUAAAGAACGUCUAAUAGUUGAAAAGGGCCAAACUCUGGUGGAUUCUGACUACAAGUUCGCAUGGGCUGACAUUGGAGGCCGUGGUGCUGCAUCACAUUUGUGGAACGAGUCAGACCUGAAGGCAGAAGCUGAUAACGGAGACCUUGACCUGCCAGAACCUGAAGCUUUGCCACAUGAUACUGAGGAUGUACCAUACUUUUUCAUCGGAAAGAAAAUAUCAAAGUGA